GCCCUGAGCCCGCGGCGGCCGGCCCCGGCUCCGCGCUCCGGCGGGGCGGGCGCGGGGGGAUGCGCGGCCCGCGGCGCCGGCUGCCGGCGCUGCCCGCGCUGCUCUGGCUGGCGCUGGCCCCGCUGCCCGGCGCGCCCGGCCCCGCGGCGCGGGCCGAGCUGCGGGUGCGGGUGCGGCUGCCCGGGGGGCAGGUGACGGAGGAGAGCCUGCAGGCCGACAGCGGCUCCGACUGCAUCAGCCUGGAGCUGCGCACAGCCGACGGCGCCCUCGUCACCCUCACCGCCGACUUCAGACAGGAGGUGAAGAUCUUCCGUGCCUUAAUCCUAGGGGAGCUGGAGAGGGGCCAGAGCCAGUUCCAAGCACUCUGCUUCGUCACGCGGCUUCACCGCAACGAGAUCAUCCCCAGUGAGUCUAUGGCAAAGCUGCGGCAGAAAAAUCCCAGGACAGUGCGACAGGCUGAGGAGGUGCGGGGCCUGGAGCAUCUCAGCAUGGAUGUAGCUGUCAACUUCAGCAAGGGGGCCCAGCUGAGCUCUCACAUCCACAAUGUCUGUGCAGAGGCCAAAGAAGCGAUUUACACCCGAGAAGAUGAUGUCAAAUUUUGGCUGGAGAAAGGGGUGGAUGGCUCCAUGUUUGAGGUCCUGCCGCAGACAUCUGAUCUCCCUGACCUGCAGCGUUGCAAGCUGUGUGCAGACCGCUGGAAACCCUGCAUUUGCAGCUACUCGCUGAGCAUCGAGUGGUACCCGUGCAUGCUGAAGUACUGCAAGAGUCGCGAUGCUGGGGGCAAGGUUUCUUCUUACAAAUGUGGCAUCCGCAGCUGCCAGAAGGGCUACACCUUCGAUUACUAUGUGCCGCAGAAGCAGCUGUGUCUCUGGGACGAGGAGACCUAGCAGAGCCAGGCCAGAUCUUUUCAAGGGACAGCUCAUCUGCCUCCUGCCACCAUUUAUGAUCCUAAGGGCCUCCUGGAGCUGGCUGCUCCAAAGAAGGAAUACGGUUCACAGCGGUGCCUUGUACCAGGAGAGCUCUGUGUGUGUGCCUUUCCUUCUGGCCCCCUGUGACUCCCUCCCCACCUGACGCUGCCUCAUACUGUGAUAAGCGGGCUCAGCUCACUGCGUGUUGAUGCUCUCCUGCCAGCUGCCAGGAGAUCCGGCUUCCUGGGAGAAGCAGGAGACACAGGUUUCUGGGGUGAAGCACCAGGAGGGGUGUGUUUUGCCCUGCUCUGGAGUUAGCAGAUGUGAAAGGCGGCAGCUCUGAUCAGUUAUCAGCCUCGAGCAUCCUGAUGAGAGGUCAGGGCAGGGAGAGAAAUGGUCUCGAUGACCUGGGUUGUCAAACAUCUCAGCCACCGAAGAAGCCCCUUCACUGACUUCACCACUUCCUGGUGACACAACAGCAUUUCCCAACGGGAAACAGCUGAUUUAUGGGACCACGUACCCUGAACAAGGAAAGUACGAAGCCUACCCAAAGCAAGAGCCUGCCUGUAGCUUUUUCUAGUGUCUAACUGGCUGUUAAAUCCUUCCUGUGGCUAGAAGAUGUAAUGGGGGGAUAUAUCCCAGCAAUGACUUUUGCCCCUAAAGGGCUGGUAAUUAGGGCUCUAAUUAAUCCCUGUUUAGACUAGUGAAGGCCCAACUUUUUGUGUUGGUCCUGUGACUCUCCCACUAAGAAAGAAACAUCUAGAGACUUGUGACUACCAUCAUAACAUUGUGGUUGUGAGGGGGAAGGAUGAUCCCAGGUGGGUUCUCACUGUCAUUUUGAAGAAGACAACAUUCUACAUCUACGUCCAGUUUUAUGUCCUACUCUGCCAGCUAUUCACAAGAAGCUCUUAGAUAAUUGUACUGCUUUGCUGUGCCUUGGUUUCUCCUAUAUGUAAAACAGGGACAACACUGAAGCUGACCUUGGCCCUGGUAUAUACCUGGAGGGCAUCAGACAAAAUGCACUGCAGGAGUGCUGCCUGGUUCCUGUGUCCUCUUCCACUCAAGUUAGAACAAGCAGGGAGGGGAGAGAGGCUGUUGGGGUCAUUGUGAACCCCUGUGCCUCCUGGUGAAAAGCCUUCACAAUGUGCCUUUUUGCCUAAAAUACAGGAAUUUUUGACAAAAAAGAGAAUUUGGUCACAAUUAUUUUUGUAUUGAUCACUUAAGGGGGGGAGAAGGGAAAGGUAUUUUAAUAUUGCAACAUGAAGUAAAACACACUUGAAAUGAUUUUUUUUUUUAAAACAAAUUAUUUAUCAUUUGUAAGGUAAAAUAAACUGAUUUUUUUUAAAGCA